GGGACACUGUUACUCUAGGACUGUAACCUGCUCAGAGAGACACUGGACACCGGUCUCCUUGGCUUUCUCAAUUUGUGUGGAUGAUGGAGGAGGAAGAAUACAGCCCCUUGCUGUCUCAGGACACUGCUGGCCGAGAGCACCCACUCACCAGGAACAGUCCACCUACUGCAAAUAUUCCAUGUCCAGCACUCUGGGAGAAAGGGGCCUGGGGCUGCAGAUGCUGUCCUGGAGCAAAACACCAGGCCUGGAGUGAAGGCCAGGCCUCCUCCCUCCCUCUUUCCACGGGUGGCAGCUGUGUCAAAUAUCUGAUUUUCCUCUCUAACUUCCUCUUCUCCCUGCCGGCUCUUCUAGCCUUAGCUGCGGGGCUUUGGGGCCUGGCUGUUAAAAGGUCUCAGGGGAGUAGCUGGGGUGGACCCCUGCCCACAGACCCCAUGCUGGUGCUGGUGCUAGGAGGCCUGGUGGUCAGUAUGGUGAGCCUGUGUGGAUGUCUGGGUGCUUUCUGUGAGAACAGCUGCCUACUGCACUGUUACUGUGGGGUUGUCCUCUUUUGUCUGGCACUGGAAGCCCUGGCAGGGUCUCUAGUGGUGACCCUCUGGAACCCACUGCAGGGCAGCCUGAAGUAUACGCUUCAUGCAGCCAUCACUCACUACUGGGAUGACCCAGACCUGCACUUCCUCCUCGACCAAGUCCAGCUGGGGCUGCAAUGCUGUGGGGCAGGAUCCUACCAGGACUGGCAAGAGAACCAGUAUUUUAACUGCAGCUCUCCUGGAGUGCAAGCCUGCAGCCUUCCUGCCUCCUGCUGCAUCAACUCCCAGGAAGACGGAGCUGUAGUGAACACUCAGUGUGGUUUGGGGGCAUUGCACCUGGACCAGAAUGCAGCUGGACAAGUAGUAUUCCUGCAGGGCUGCUGGCCUGUGCUGCAAGAAUGGCUGCGGGGGAAUGUUGGUGCCAUAGGCGGCUGUGCUGUCACUGUGGUGGUGAUCCAAGGGACUGAACUCCUGUUGUCUGCCUGCCUGCUAAGGGCCCUAGCUGUCCACAAGGCAGCAGAGGACACAGAACGAGGCCCUUUGUGAGUCACUAGCUAGCACUACCCUCCCCACCGAGCAGAUCUCAGAAGACUGCAGUGCAGACCAAGUUCCAAGCUUCUCCUCACCUUCCAUGGAAGGUGACAGGGCUUCCACUCCUGGCCCUGGCUUCUUUGCUACAUCGGUGCUAUCAGUCCCCAAGGCUCACCUAGAUAGCCUCUGGGCUGCUCCAAUCUCUCAACUUCACUCCUGAUUUUUCAGGACCCAGCUAAGUCCAUGGCUGUCUUUUGCAAAGGCCACCCUGGUGGUCUGUGUCUGCAUAGACCUGCCCUGCAUCCCCUAGAUGGCAAGAGGAGCCAGGGCCUCACGCUGACUGGCUGACUGGCUCUAGGUCCCCAUUUCAUCACUCCUGGCUUCUCAUAGGUCUCUUCUUGCUUCCUGGUCUUUGGUAAGAAUUAGGACAAUGCCCAGGACACACCCGGUAGAAAACCUUUUUUGGUAGGAGGAAGACUUUGCUUAUUAGUGUGUCCAUUCAGACUUGCAUAGUAAACUACAGAUCUCACAA